UUUAAAUUCCCCCCCACAUCAAGUUAGUAACGUUUUCUACUAUUUUGUUAAAAUUUUUUUUAGAGACUUUUCUUAUUUCGAUUUUUCUCGAAUUUCUAAGUUCAGUGAUUUUUAAAGGAGUCUUGAAGUUUCAUUAUAAAUUAAUAGUGGGGGCUAUGAAAUGUUUUUGAGUAUAUUUCUUAUUUCACAUAAGAUUCCUGAUAUUUUUCGGUUGCACGAGACUUCUUGAAUUCUGGCAUCUUGCGAAUCAAUUGUGCGGUAUUCUCCAGAUUUUGAGAAAAUUGCUUUAGUAACUGAAUUUAUAAAAUUUUUAUUACCACCGUCAUAUUAAAAAUACCAAUUUUAUUGAAAAGUGUUUUCAAUUGUGCAUUUUCACUUGAAUUCUCAAGUUGAGGCAAUUGUGUGGAAAAAAUACCAAACCGCAGUGAAUGUAAUAUAUAAGAACAUUGAAUGAAAUGGUCACUUGCAAUUUUUACGAUCUCUGGUAAUCUUUGACCCCGUCGCCAAAGCAACGAUCUCUGAACAUAAACACCCAAGAUAAGGUCGAGUGUGUGAGCUUUUGUUAGUUGAUCAGUGUCAAUCAUGGUGAAAAUACGCAUUUUGGUGGUGCUUUGUGUUUGGUUUGUUGCCAUUGAAGCCAGAAGAUCCUUCUGGCCUGGUCGUCCCUUCCAUGAAUUCUACGGGGAUCCUACAAAUAAUUCCUGGGAGGAACAGCUACCAGCUGACGAGUGGUUUGAACAGCAAUUAGAUCCUUUCGAUGCAACGAAUAAUAAAACGUGGAAACAGAGAUAUUUCACCAAUGCGGACUACUUCAGACCAAAAGAUGGUCCAGUGUUUCUCAUGAUCGGUGGAGAAGGUACAGCAUCUCCCAAGUGGAUGGUAGAGGGUGCUUGGAUAAAAUAUGCCAAAGAGUUUGGGGCUCUGUGCUUCCAACUUGAACAUCGUUUUUAUGGCAAAAGUCAUCCUACAUCUAAUGUAACUACAGAUGAUUUGGUCUUCUUGUCUUCGGAAGUAGCUCUGGCGGAUUUGACUUUCUUCAUUGUGGAGAUGCGUCGAAAGUAUCACUUGACUCCUGCAAAUCGAUGGAUUGCUUUCGGAGGCUCCUAUCCUGGAUCUCUAGCAGCUUGGCUAAGAGAAAAGUAUCCUCAUCUUGUUUAUGGAGCUGUGAGCUCAAGUGGUCCACUCCUGGCCAAAGUGGACUUCCGGGAAUACUAUGAUGUCGUCAGUCAAGCAAUUUCAGAUUGUCGAGGGAGUGUAAGGGACUCCAUCAGACAAAUAGAAUUGCUGAUGAAAACAGAUAUUGGCAGAUUGACGUUGAGGGAUCAAUUUCAUCUCUGUGAUUCCUUGGACACAGCCAAUGAUCUGGAUAUAGCGAAUUUCUUUGAAAAUCUUGCGAGUAUCUUCGCAGGAGUGGUUCAAUACAAUGGAACUCCUCGAUCGAAGCACAAUGUUGAUGAAUUCUGCCAAAUUAUGAAUGAUCAGACUCGUGGACCGCCUUACAGUCGCUUAGCAGUUCUCAAUAAAAUAAUUCUGGAUGAUGAAGGAACCCCAUGCAUGGACUACAAGUACGACAAAAUGAUCAAUGAUUUGAGGCAGACUUCUUGGGAGGCAGGAGAAGUACAAAACGGAACUCGUCAGUGGACUUAUCAGACCUGCAAGGAAUUUGGCUUCUACCAGACGUCUGAUAAUUCUUCCUUGAUCUUUGGAGAUCACUUCCCGGUGGACUUUUUCACUCGCCAGUGUACCGAUAUCUUUGGUGAUCGCUUCACGAGUUCUAGUGUUGAGAAAUCCGUGCAUAAUAUCAAUGUCCAGUACGGUGCUUUGGACACAAAGGCUACCAACGUCAUUUAUGUGCACGGCAGUGUCGAUCCUUGGCACACUCUGGGUCUCACGGACUCCAAUGACAUCGCUGUGAGGACAAUUUUCAUUCAUGGCACUGCCCAUUGCGCCAAUAUGUACGAGCCGCGUGAUGAGGAUUUACCGCAACUCAAGCAAGCUCGAAUAAAGAUUAGGGACUUUAUUGCCGAUCUCCUUAGCAACAGGAUUUAGUUACAGCGUCCUUGGCAACGUUUGGUAUCACUAAUAAACAAGAUUAUUUAGCUA